AGAGAGAGAGAGAAAGAGAUUUUUCGCGAAAGUCGGUGCGAAUCUCAUAGCACCUUUUUGCUGUUAUGGGGAUUUUCAUAUUGUUUAUGUUCAAUUUUUUCUCUGCCUUGAAAUGGUGGAUAUAUCCGGAGGAUUCAUGUGAUUUGAGCAGUGGAUGGAGAGAAACAGAGAUUUGCGGAGUGAUGGUUCGGCCGCCGACGGAGGCCCGAGGAGGAGGGGAACAGUCGUCACUGUCGGAGACUCAGCGAACGACGAUCGGCAGAUGGAAUUGAAGGAGACGGUGAGGUUCAUAGAUCGAGAGCAGGUGCGGAGGAUGAAUGGGAAUCGAGAUUUAUCCAAGAGGAGGUGGAUUGCGAACAGGGCUGCGGUGCCGAAGAGGAACGGCGGCGGCGGCGGUGGAAGUUAUAGAGAGGUCGUGAGCCUGGAUUCGAGUGAUGAAGAGUAUUUUGAGGAGGAGGUGGAGACGAAAAAUUAUCUGCAGAAUAGGACUAAUCAGCUACCGCCAUAGCCUUAUAGUGUGG